AAAUCAGUAAAAAAAACACCAAGACCAACUGAAAGUUUAUGAAAAAUCAUUUUUUGGCAAAAUAAAAAUAGAUUUCGAUGAAUUGCAUAUUUAAUAAAACGCAAUCAGUUUUCUUUCUUUUAAAAUCAAUAUCCCCAACCAUCCCCUGCAUAUGCGUUAUGAACCUGUUUUAAGAAAGAAAAAAGGAUUUUUAGUGCCAUAAAAUGACUAUUUCAGACAACAAUGACGAAGGAUCGUGUGCUAUCAAUGGUUUACCUGAUGAAUUAUUGUUGUAUAUUUUCAAAUGUUUACCUCUGGAAACUUUACUUGCAUGUGAAAAUGUGUGUAAACGUUGGACUAAGCUAGCUCAAGAUUCCACAGUAUGGAAACGUAUUGUAUUAAUAUAUUCUGGUAAGCCUGGACAAAGUGAAAUAAGUGAGAAAAAUCUAGAUAUUAUAACUUCACAUUCUGAAUACAUCUAUUGUUUGAAGAUACAGUAUGUUUAUAAUUAUUCAGUCAUAAAAUCUGUGAUAGACCAGUGUAAAAAUCUAAUUAGUCUGGAAUUAGUAAUGUGCAGAGUUGGUAAAGAGUUUGAAGAUGACAUUUUAAAAUGGCCAAAGUUAAGAAAAAUAAGUUUAAAGAACUCAAUUUUACUUUUGAAUAAUCUAGAUUUACUAAUACAAUUUGACAAGUUUAAAGAGUUAAAUUACUUAGCCCUAUCUGAUUUUGGUUUGAACUCUAAUAAUUGUUUUACCUUAUUGCAAUGUAAUCACUUAAGUCAUAUUUUUAUUGAAAAGAUUAGAGAUUUGGAUGUAGAUUUUAUAAAGAUAUUAAUUUUAUCAAGGCAGAGUAUACUGGAGAUAUUGCACAUAUAUGGCGGAAGUUCUGUAAAUGAUAGCAUCUUGCAGUUGCUAUCUCAGUGCCCACAGCUAAAAGACUUAGCUAUUAUAAGAUGCGAAAGUUUAUCAGAUGGAGGGUUACUUUCCUUAACAUCCUUAAAAAGAAUAGAGCAUUUGCAGAUCUGGAACAACAACAAUUUUUCUGAAUUAGCUUUUCUGAAAACUUUGUCCAGUUCAGCACUACUUCCUCUGGAAAGUUUAAGUUUAUCUAGAAUACAAAAUGUCACACCAGCUAUUGUGGAUCUGAUAUCUGAACAUUAUAAAAAUCUUAAAUUUCUAGCUUUAUAUCAGUGUCCUAAUAUUAUCAAUACAGACUAUGAAAGACAGCUGAAGUCUAAAUUCAGAAAUAUUGAUGUUGUCCUUUUUUGAAAAUAUUAUAAGUGUAAUAAAAGACCAUAUAAAUCCACAAACGAAGUAUAUUCACAGUAUAAAUAAUGGCAUUUUCAUAAAUCAGAAAAGAAAUAAAAAAUAAAAACUAGUUGUAAUGCUUUAACAAUUAUGAUUGUGAAAAAUCUGUACAAAUAUUUAAUAUAAAACUAUGUUGUACUAAAAUUAAUUAAAUUUUUAGGUAACUUUAAUCAUAAUAUUAGCAUAUUAAGUGCCUGCCCAUAUAGCAUUGUCAUUCGUUCACAGCCACCAUACUGCCACCAGCACUUCUCAUUUCAUGAAAGUAUACUUAUAGUGAUUUAUAUGUAUAAAUCAAGCAAUACAGGUGAUGAUAAUUUAUAAGCAACAGAUUAUGGAUACACAUUUUAUUAAAAAUACAUUUAUUCCAAUAUAUUUACUAAUAUUACAUUAUCAUAGGCGUUUUUUUAAAAACAUCACCACCAGGUCCCAUCCAGUGCUACUUAUGACACUCAAUAUGCUAAAGACACAGAUACUGGUGAUUAAAAUUUUAGUCACCCUUAAAAUAUUUAAUAACUUAAAACUAUUUUGCUCUUCACACAGCUAAUUUAAAUCUAUUUUUCACAGCUUGUUUAAUGAAGGAUAAAACAAUGUGUAUAUCCUUGGGGACUUGCUAUUUCUUCUUCUUCUUUCUGUUUAUAAACUCUACUAAAGUAGGUAUCUACAUUGAACUAACAUUUUUUUUUUGCUAAAUUGCUAUUUACUUCUAGACAUAUUCUAUAGUUAUCUACUUAUGAAAAAAAUAACAAGAUGUCUAUGAAUUAAUGUGUUGCUUUAUUGAGCCACUUAUGAAUAAAACUCGUAUAAAAAUGUGAUGUACUUAGUUCAUUAUUCUACAAGUGGAAUAUGAUGUUAGUUUGUGUUAUAAAAUGUGAAUUGUAAAUGUUAAUUGAGAAGACGCUAAAUAGAAGUAAUUAUUAUCAUUUUGAAAUAUCUGUAACUUUUUGUUAUUUCAUCUUAUCACAGCAACACCAAUAUAAGUAUACAUAUUAUAUGAAGUACCUAAGUUUUUCCAAAUAUAUACUGAUAUUUAUGUAAAUGCUUCAUUGAGCCACUCAUAGAUCAAACUUUUAAUAAAAAUGUGAUGCAGUCUAAUAUGGUACAAUUUGAAUUAAUUACUGUUGUUAAUGUAGGUACUUAAUGUGUUUUUGUAUUAUAAAAUUGUUGAUGUCAAUUGUCAAUGUAAAUGAUGCUAAAUAUUAGAAGUACAUAGUAAUAAUAAUAUUUAACA